AUGGAAUUCGAAACAUUUUGCAAUUUAUGUUUCUUGCCUUCGGCAAUAUGCUCAUGCUAUUCUCUGCCGUUCCACCUGCCAGCCUUCCCGGAGGGCGAUAUCUUCACGUUUCCUGAUCCAGCGGAGAGGCAGGCAUGGAUGUCACCCACUGAAUCCAUCCCUCCCGAUGCCGGACCUGUGGGGCCAACUCCUCAACCAAUUUUACCAGCCUGGGAAGCGUUAAUACCGCCCAUGAACCUUGAGGUUCCCGAAGCUGGUGUGACCGAACCGCCACCACGUGUAGUUGUAGCGACUCUAGAACAAGUAUCCGCCGCAAACAGACGCAGGAGAAAGGCGGUUCCUGGGCGGUUUGUCUGUGAAUUUUGUCCCCAGGAUUUCACGGCCAAACACAAUUUGAGAAAUCAUAUCAAUUCGCAUUUCCAAAGGAAAACCCACCGUUGCACGGGUGGCUGUGGGAAUACCUUUGGGACGAGAUCUGCCUUUAUUCGCCAUCGUAAGAAGUGUAAAGCAGUGCCACCAGGCAUGUAG